AUGGCACCGCCUGCGCAGCGCAAGAUCGUCCCCAAAAACGACUUUGCAAAGCACUUUGGUGGACUUAAAGUACAGCAAUAUGCCGAGCCAGUGACUCGAGGCUCGAGUAGCACAGUCCAUAGAACGAUUUCAUGGAACAAUGCUGGAGCCCUCAUUGCCACUGGUGCCACAGACAGAGUUAUCAGAAUAUGGAAUCCAGAAAGAACAAACGUCAAUCGACCACAGACAGAGCUGAAAGGACACACCGGCGAAGUUACCAAGGUCGUCUUCAACCCUAUCAAAGAGUUCGAGUUGGCUAGUUGUUCGAAAGAUGGCACCGUUCGCUUUUGGGACACGAGGAGCAAGGCCUGUACAUCGAAGCUCGAACUGGGAGGUGAUCUCUUCUCCAUGACCUGGAGUGUGGACGGAAGUGCUAUGGUUGUUGGGUCUAAGGCAGAAGUCCUCACUACAAUCACAACACCUGUGCUAGGACAACCAGCGAUUCAAGAGAAACACCGCCAAAAGUUGGAGACAAACCACACAACCUUUUCUAUGACAUAUCCUCCACAAGACCUUCUCGUUACGCACGGAGCCGGCUCUGUCAAGAUCCUCGAUUAUCCUUCCUUUGAUGUCUUACAUACUAUUAGUUCGCAUACCUCCUCUUGCACCUCAAUCGCAUACAGUCCAUUAGGAAACUAUGUCGCAGUUGGUGGUAGUGACGCUAUGAUUGCAUUAUGGGAUACCUACGAUUGGGUGUGCAAGAGAACAAUGUCAAAUGCGAAUUCUGGCAAAGUCACUGGCCUCAGCUGGAGCUGGGAUGGCAGAUACCUUACGAGCUCUUGUGAAGACAUCGGCGCUGGGGGUGGUGAGGGGAAGAGCGAGGGCUUUGAGAUCUACCAUGCCGAGACUGGAGAUGUCGUUCAUACCGUGCCUACGAGGACGAGUGCUGUGCCUGCUGUCGCAUGGCAUCCAACAAUGUAUGCCUUGGCUUAUACAGUCAUUGAGGCCGGAAAGUCGUCACUGAAGAUCGUUGGAGGUGUCACUGCGACCUAG